AUGAAUGAAGAAAUAGAAAAUAAAUUUGAUCUUUUAGAUGUAGAACCCAAAUUUCUUGAAUUUUUUUAUGACUGUAUAGAAGAUGUUGAUACUUUUCUUGAAAAUAAAAAAAAUAAUGUAAUACAAAAAAAAAGCUUGAAAAUAAAAAAUAUUUGUUCAAAAACUCAAAAUAUAAAAAUUUUUGAAUCAGAAUCAAGAUUCUUAAAAAUAAAAGGAUUAAAAAAAAAAAAAUUGGCUCCAGGUACUACUGAAAAAAUAUUAGUAGAGUUUUCUUUUUACAAUUUUGAAUUAAAAAAAUACAAAAAUGAUAAAAAAAAAGAUAUAUUGAAUAUAAUAAAUAAUGCAGAAUGCUCAGUUUUUUUAAAAAUACAGAGUGAAUAUUCUACUUUAAAUAUACCUAUUUAUAUUAAAAAGAAAGUUGCACUUUUUGUUUAUGAUAAUAUUAUAAAUUUGGGUAUAUGCAAAAAUAAUUUUACAUAUAAUUUUACUUUGAAAAUAAAAAAUGUUGGUAGAAAAAAGGGUACUUUUACCAUAUCAACAGAUCAUUCUUUAAGUGAUAAAAAUAAAAUAAAAAAUAAAAGUAUAAAAGUUCAAUUUAAUGAUGACUUAAAAGAAAAUAGAAAAGAAGAGGAUGAUAAAGAAGGAAAAGAAAAAAAUAACAAUUUAUUAAUUGAAUUUGAUAAAACAUCUGUUGAUAUAAAUGCAAAUGAAAGUCAAACAAUAAAUGUUAAAAUACAAAAUAAAAAUGAAGAAAAAAUUCAUUGUGAAUACAAAGUCUUAGUAGAAGAACGCAGUUACUUUGAAAAAAGGCCUAAAAAUCUCGUUAUAAUGGCUAUUUUCGUAAAUAGUCAAACAUCAUUUCUUUUCGAAAAUAUAAAAACAAAUCAAAUAAAUCUAAAUUAUAUAUAUUAUGGGAAUAAAAAAAGUUUUACGGGAAAAAUAAAAAACGAAAAUAAUUAUUCUAUAUUUUGUAAAUAUCAGCUAAAUAAAGCUAACAUUUUUUAUUCCAUACAAAAUAUUCAAAAAUAUGCUCUUGAUAAUAAUUUAGAUAUUAAUCAAUUAAAAAAUGAUGUUUUCAGUCAUUUAGAUAAUGAAUUAAAUGAAGAAGAAAUAAAAGAAAAAGAAAAAUUAUUUGCUAUUGCAAAAAAAAAUUUCAAAAUAAAUGAAAAUAUAAAUAUUAAGUUAAAUGAAGAAAAUGGAUACUUUGUUAAAAAAUUAAGUUAUUGUGAAAUUCUAUUUGAAAUUGAAUCAAAAUAUAAUAUUCAAUUUUUAGAAAAAAUAAAUAGGAAUACAUCUUAUUUAUUAAACUUUCCUGUAAUUAUAGAGAUCACCUUGUACAUUAAUAGAGUAGAUGACAAAGAAGAAAAAAAAGAAAAAUACAGGAAUAAUAAAGAAAUAAUAAAAGAAGAAAGUAAAGGAGAUUGUAACGAAGAAAUAAAAUUAUUUAUAAUUUUUUGUUUAACAUUUCCAUCUUUAUUGUCCAAUCAUUAUUUCAUAAAUUAUGAAAAGGUUUCAGUUAAUGAAGGAAAAACUCUAAUAAUAGAAUUAACUAAUAAAAAUAAGUUUUUAAAAAUUAAUUAUUGCUUUUCAAAAAUACCUUAUAUAACUUUAAAUAAAAGGGAAGGGGUCAUAAAUCCUUUAAGUAAAGAUAUUAUUUCACUUAAAUUAAAAUGCGAAACAGUUAAAAAUAUUAUUGAAUAUAUUUAUGUAUUUUUUUGCAAUAAUUUAUAUUUUUUUGUUAUAUUAAUAAAUGCUGAAGUUAAAAUGGGAUGCUUAUUAAGUGAAGAAUCAAAUCUUUUAAAAAAAAAGAAAAGCAAAAGUUUUAACGGAAAAUGUAUUGAUAUUCAAAUAUCUCAUAAAAAUAAAAAUGAUGAAAUCUAUGAAGAUAUCAUAAAUAAUUUAGCAUUAGAAAAAGUUGACAGAAAUUUAUAUAUGGUUGAUGGAAAGUUAGACAAAUACAAAUAUAACGAAAAUUUUAUGAAUUAUUUAAAAAAUAAUAAAAAAAAAUACAAUGACAUAUUAAAAUAUAUGUAUGAGAAACGAAAAAAAAAGGAAAGAAUAAAAAAUAAUAAUUCUAAAGAAGAAGGUGAAAAUAAAGAAGAAAAUAUAUUAAAAAAUAAAAUUAAUAAAAUUAUAAAAGAUAUAAAUAUAUAUGUUAAUGAUACUAAUAUAACUAAAAUAAGCAAUACAUGUAUUCAGCAGAAAAUAUAUGAAGAGAAAAGAAAAAAGUAUAUUGAAUUAAAAAAUCAAACAAUGAAAAUAAGAAGAAAUGAUAAUGCAGAUGAAACUAAUUUGUUAAAUGAAGAUAUAUUAGAAAAAAAUCAAUUAGAAAAUAUUAUAUUUCCUAAAAUUAUUCAAUUUAAUCAUGUUUUGUUAAAUAAUGAUUAUACAAAAUAUUUUUAUGCAUACAAUAAUAAUAAUGAUUGUAACAUAAAAAUAAAGUUCACUCAUAGUGAUAAUAUAAAUAUUGAUGAUGAUCUAGUAGUUAUGAAAAAAAAUUCAAAAAAAAAAAUAAAUAUAAAAUUUGAUUUAAAAUCUUUAUUAAAAUUAAAAAAAUAUGAUCAGCUGCCAAAUGAUUCUUUUUAUAAUAAUCCAAAUAAUAUUUUUAAUGAGAAUUCAAGCGAAAUUUUUAAUCAGAAUUCUACUUGUGCUUUAAAGGAAGAAUCAAAUGAUAUAUUUAGGGAGAAAUCAAAUAACUCUUUUAAUCUACAACAAAAUGAUCUUUUUGUUCAACAAAUAUAUAAAGAGAAUAUAUUCUUAAAAAUUAAUAAUAAUUAUGUUGAAAAAAUAAUGAUAAGUGCAAAUUUAGUACUAUUAAAUGCUUUUAUAAAAAUAAAUAUUUUAUACUUUUAUUUUGAAAAUAUUGAUGUUGAAAUGUUUUGUGAGAAUAAAUUAAUUGUAUAUAAUCCUUUUAAUAUAUAUAUUAAUAUGUCUACCAAAUACAAUCAGCAAUUUUUUCAAAUAGAUAAUUCCAUUCUUAUACCUCCUAAUGAAUAUAAAAUAAUACCUGUUAAAUUUUUUGCAUGCAAAAAUACAAAUAGCUUAGAAGAAUAUAUUCAUAUAUACUUAGAUGAUAUUAGAUUAUAUAAAAGUAUAAAAUGUAAAUGUUUUAUAAAUAAAUGUGAUUAUAAAGUUAAUUUAUCUCAGAUAAAUUUUGAAAAUGUUCUUUUAAAUAAAAGUUACACAAAAGAUUUUUUUUUAAUUAAUACAAGUGAUUCAACACUUGUAUUUAAAUGUGUAUAUAAACCAAAUUGUAUAAAUGUAUUUUCAAAAUAUAAUUAUGUAAAUAAAAAUGAAAAAAUUAGAAUCACAGUAUCAAUAAAAUUAAAAGAAAAUAAAAAAAUUAAAGAUAAAAUUAUUUUCUUAAUUAGAGGUUCCGAAAAAUUAAUUAUUCCUAUAAAUUCAAAAUGCACCUUGUCAAAUAUUAUAUUUUGUAAUAACUUACACAUUGAACAAGAAAAGUGCGAAUUAAAAAAUUAUGAAAUAAAUAUAUUAAAUAAAGGUUUGUGCGAAGAAACAAUUUUUUUAAAUUUAAAUGAAUUACAUUUUUUAAAUUUAAAAAUAAAUAAUAAAAAAAGAAAAAUUUUUUUAACAUUCAAUAAUAAGGAAUAUAAGAAUGCACAUGAAAAAAAAGAAGAAACCAUCUUAAGUAAAAUUCAUAAUUUAGAAUGCGAAGAUUUAUUAAUAGAUGAAUGCGUAAAAUAUUUUUAUAAUAAUUUUAUAAACCUAUAUAAUUUUAUAUGUAAUAAAUAUAAAGUUGGUAUUCAAUUUUCAGAAAAUGAAAACGUAUUUUUAAAUUUUUAUAAAAUAAAUAUUCCAUCAAAAUGCUUUGUCUCAUUACACGCUCAAUGCUACUAUAAUAAAGCAUUAGAUAGAGAAUUAAAUUUUAAUACUUUGUUACACAAUAAAGUAUUAUAUGAAAAUUCUAGUGAAAAAAUAAAAGUAAAAAUAAAAAAUAGUUAUUUAGAUAUAUCUCCAUCUUAUCUAUAUUUCGAAGAUUUAUUACCAUCAGAUUCUGAUGAAUCUUUUAUAACUUAUUUUACAAAAGAAAAAACAAAAAUACUAAAAAUAAAAAAUGUUUCUGACAAAAAUAUUGAAUGGAAAUUAUAUAUAUAUAAUGAAAAACAAAAAGAAAAUAAUUUCUUAGAAAAUAAUAUUUAUAAAGAAGAUUUCAACGACAAAACAUUAUUGAUUAUAAAAGAUGAAGAAAAAGUAGAAAAAGAAACAAAACUACAGAUGUAUGAAAUAGAUAUAAGUAAACAAUGGGGAAUAUUAGAAUCAAAUAGAGAAGAAGAAAUAAAAAUAAAGUUAAAAAAUAUUAUAAAAAAAGGAAGAUAUGUAGAAAUGUUGAACAUUUCUAUUAUAGUUAAUGAAAAAAAUGAAAUAAAUAUUAAUAAUGAAACAAAUGAAAAAAAAAUAAAUUAUUAUAUUUAUAUUCUUCUAAAUUGUAUGUGCCCUAAAUUAUAUUUUGAUGUAACUUAUAUAAAUAUAAUUCAUAACAAAUUAAACGAUUACUUCAUUUUUCCUUUUCAUAUAUAUAAUAAUGGUUAUAAUUAUGUUAGAAUAGAUUACCAUUUUGAUAAUUUAUUUAGUGAAAAUUUUUACUUAACAUUAGAUUUUAUAGAAGGAAAAGAAAUUAAUGAAAAAAUAAAAAAAGUAAGUGUUCAUUUAAAAUGCAAAUCAAAUAAAAAUUUGAAAUUCAAAUCAUAUAUUACAAUAAGUGUGUUAGAUCAUUAUAAGUAUACCAUACCAUUGUUCAUAAAUAUUGAUGAAAACUUUGAUUACUUUCUUGAUAAAGUAGAAGAUAAAAAUGAAUUAUAUUUAAAUGAAAUUCAUUUUUUUUCUGAUUCAGAUAAAUCGAAUCAUAAAAAAUUACAGAAAAAUGAAUCAUCACUAAAUAAUUUAUCUGAUUAUGAAAAUGAUAAUAACGAUGAAAUAAAUAUAAAAAAAAAGAUUGUUACUUCUUCUAUUAUUAAUAAUAAUAAUAUUUACAAUGAUAAAGAUGAUUAUAUUUAUUAUGAAAGUGAUUUGCUAUCAAAUAAUAUCAUAAAAAAAAAUAAUUCAUUACUAUCUUUUUACUGUAAUAAUAUAAACAAAAUUUAUGAGAAUUCUAAAUUCUGUUUAUAUAAAGAAUUGAAAAUUAAUAAUAUAAUAAAUGUUUAUUAUAAUGAAGAAAAAAAUUUAAUUGAUUUAAAUGAAAUAAUUAACGACUAUGUUUUCCUAUUUCUUCAAAAAAUAUUAUUAAAUAAAAAUUACUUUCCAAAUAUUAUAGAAAAUACAAAUGAUUUAUUUAUAUUUUUUAUUAAUUUAUUGUCUGAUAUUUUUUUAUUAAAUCAAAAUAGAAAUAUACAAAAUUUACUAAAUGAAUUAAAAUGUUAUCAAAAUAUUUCAAUGAAAGAUUUAGAAAAAAUUCAUUAUAUUCAUGAAACUUUUUUAAAAAAUAUCAAAAAUCUUAUGAAAAAUUUAAAAGAGGAAGGGUUAUUAAUAGAUCAUAUUAUAUAUGAAAAUUUAUUACCAGUUGAUUUAUAUCUUUUCCAUAUUUUAUUUAAGUUACCUGAUUAUUUUUAUAUAAAGAAAAAUAAAAAAGAGAAAAAGGAAAAAAACGAACCUAUAAAUAUUGAUGAAAUAGAAUAUUUUCUAAAAAAUGGAAAUGAAAAAGGUAAGAAGAGAAUAUUUUAUUUUGAUAAAAUUUUCAGAACACAUUUAAAAUUAUAUACUUAUUCUUGGAUAACUAUAUUUUUAGAAAUAUUAGAUAAAAAAAUAUUUAAUUCUAUCGACAUAUCUUCUUUAAAUAAAUUAAGGGGAAUUAAGUUAUGUAAUAUAGAAAACAAAGUAAAUGAGAAUAUAAAGAUUCAUAAAAUAAAUUAUUUAAUUGUUUUAAAUAACCAGAACAAAGAAAUAAACAAACAUACUAAUUUACUAAAAGAAAAAACAAAAUCAAAUGAAAGAGAAAAUAGCAAGUUGAUAAAAGUCUAUUCAAAAAAUAUCAACAAUGAAAAAAAAGUGGAUAAUAAAAGUAUUAAGACUAAUAAGUAUGAACAAAUUUCAUCAAAAAAGAAUGUUAAUGAUAAGUUUAAGUAUAAGAAACAAAUUAAUAAUGAUAAAAAUUGUUGUAUUCUAAAUUAUUUUGAUUUUUAUGAAAAUAAUUUCAUUGAUAUAAAAAAUGUUUUAAAUAAGAUGAAUGAUAGGAACUAUUAUAAGGUAUAUAAUGAAAAAAAAAAUAAAAAUGAAAAAUUAUUAAAGGAUGAGAAAAUUAAAAAUUUUAAAAAUAAUAAAGUAAUAGAGGGAGAAAACUCAAAUUUUCCCAAAAAUGAAACAGAAAAAAAAGAGAUAAAUGGAUCAUUAUUUCAAAAAGAAAUAACAAAAGAACAAAACAAUUUUACGUAUUCUAAGAAUUUUGAACAUAUAUUAUUUGAAUGGUUAUAUUUUCAUUAUAAUAAUAUAAAAUAUAUAAAGGUAUGUGAUACCAAAUAUAUAUAUAAAGAAGAUGAAGUAAAUGAAAAUAAUAAUAAUAAUAAUUUAAAUUUCAAUAUGAUAAAUACAAAAAUUGAAGAAGAUAUAGCUAUACAAAGUGAAAAUGAUAAGAACGACGUGCAUCAUAGAUUAAAUAAAUAUAAUUUUUAUAUAAAAAAAAAAAAAAAAAGAAAAUAUAGAAAAAAAAAAAGAAAAAUAAUAAACAUUUAUGAUUUGAGAGAUUUAGUAAUAAUUAUUUAUACAAUAAUUUCUCAUAUUCCUUAUUAUUUAUUUUUUAAAAAUAAAAUAAAAAAAAAUUGUAAAUCUAAGAAAGAUUAUAUUUAUAAUAUAGACAUAUUAUUAUUAAUCCUUAAUGAAAUUAAAUUAAAUAAUUUAAUAAAUAAGAAGGUAUUGAUUGAAUUUAAUUAUAUACAUAUUUUUUUAUUCUUGUCAUCUAUGUAUUUUAUAUUACCUAAUUAUAUACCUAAAUAUUAUCUGAUUAUAGAUGAUAUUUCUUUGUAUAAAAAUGAUAUAAAUCUUAUAAAUGAAGAAAUUUUAAGAAAUAAAAUAAAAAAAAAAAGUAUUCAUAAUGAUACUGUAAAUGAGAAAAAGGUGCUUAAUAACCAAGUAAAAGAAGAUGAAAGAAUGAUAAGAAUAUACAAUUUAAAUAAUUAUAAAUGUAAAUAUAAUAUAUUCAUAAUUGGAUGUAGUAAAUAUGAAAUUGAUAAAAAUUAUAUUAUUGUUGAUUCACUUAAAUCAGAAGAAGUUAAACUAAGAAUAAAUAAAAAUUAUGAUGAAAAUAUAUUUAAAUGUAAUUAUAACACUAAAAUAAAAAUUUCAAAAUCUAAAGAUAGAAAAGAAAGUGAAAAUCAUUAUAAUAAUACUAAUUUUGAUGAUAAUAAUUCUUUUACAACAUAUUCUUCUGAUAAUUAUGAAAGUUCUUAUGAUGAAUAUAAAGAUGAAAAUGAAGAAGAGGAAGAGGAAGGAGAAAAAGAGGAAGAAGAAGAAGAAAUUGACAGAAAUAAUGAUAAAAAUUAUUUCAACAAAAGUGAAAAUUACACUAUAUUAAUGCUACGCGAAGUAAACAAUUACUUACCUGAUGAAAAAAAUGAUGACAAAUAUAUUUGUAUCAAAUUGAUUGAAAAGAAUUUUAAAGAAAAGGAAGAAUCAUUAUUUAUGAAUAAAAAUGAUUUAAAAGAAAAAAAUGAUUAUUAUAAUAAUUUAAAUGAUACAAAUGGUUCAAAAACUAGAAAUGAAAUUAAUAAAAUUUGUUCUAAUUCUUCUCAAUUAAAUAUAAUGUUAAAUAAUAGUAAAAUAAAAUAUUUUAAUUUCAGAGGUAAAGUUUAUGAAAAUAAAAAUUUAGAAAUAAAUUUGUUGAAUAAUACUGAUAGAAAAGUAGAAAUUAAUUCAAAUAUAUAUCACUUAUAUUUAAAAGAUUUAAAAAAAGAAGAAAAAAAAAAAGAAACAUUUGAAAUAGAUAUAAAUAAUAUAAGCGAAAAAAAUCAUGGACUAUAUAAUCAUUGUGAUGUAUGUUCUAGGAUUAAUACAAACAUUAUAAAUAAUUUGAAUCAAAAUGAAAAUUAUUUUAGUUGCUUUUAUAUAGAUAAUUCCACUUAUUUCAUUAAAGAGAAUGAAGAAAAGAAAUUAUAUUUAUAUUUUUCUCCUUUUAUAAGUGGCAAUUAUUUUUGCUUUUUAUUAUUUUACGUUAGAGAUAGAAAGACAAAAUAUCUUAUUUCUACUUGCAAAUUGAAUUUUUUAUUUUAUAUAAAUAAUAUAAAAGAAGAAGAAGUAAUUAAAAUGAAUCCUGAACUUUUUAAUUUUUCUUAUAAUUUAAAAGUAUGCCCUAUUAAUAAAGAAUUUCUUAAAUGUAUAAAAUUCAUAUUAUGUAAUAUAAAAAAAAAUAAUAAUGAAUUGUUUUAUACAUAUUUAAAUAGUUAUUUAGAAGAUUUAAACAAAAACAAAAACGAUUUUUAUAUUAUUUGUGAUAGUGAUAAAGUGACAAUAAAGGAAAAUUCUAUUUCAUUUGAUAAUUUUGACUACAGUAAAUACAUGAAAGAAAUACAUAAGUUAAAUAUAGAUAAUUUAUAUAAUAAAAUAAAAAAUGACAUUAAUUGUUAUUGUUCUUUAAGCAUAAAAGAAGAAAUUAAUGGAGUAUUUGAAUAUAAUUGUAUUCUUUUAAAAAAAAAAAAAAAUAUUUCUAAUUUAUUAAAUUAUAAAGAAAUUAAAGAUUCUUAUUUAAAAGAAAAAGAUAAUAAUAUAUAUGAUAAUUAUUAUAAAUUAUAUAAAAUUAUUGCAAAUGUUAAUAAUGGAAAUAACUUAAUAGCAAUUACUUUUAAUACAAGAGCAUUUUUUUUAUCAAAGAAAACAGUACCAUUAUAUAAUUAUACUAAUAAUAAUAUUAUAUACAAAUGUGUUUACUCUGAAAUAGUCGAUAAAAAUAACAAUAAAAUUGAUUAUAAAAUUUUUAAUAGUGAAGAAUAUAUUGAAAUCAAUAAGGAUGUGGAAAUUUUUCAUUUUGAAGUAACGUGCUAUUCUACUAUAUCGUUAAUUUGCAAUUGUUUUUUAAUUCUAACUAACAUAAAAAAUGAAGAAGAUCAAAUAAAAAUUAAAAUAGAAGCAAAUAUAUCGAAACCUUAUCCCAAAGAAACACUUAGUGCAAAGAUAUUAAGUAGGAUGAAAAAAAAUAUUCAAAUUGAAAUAUAUAAUGAAUUAGAUUUUCAUUGUGAAUUUAAAAUUUAUUCUGAUUUAUCUAUUCUGUUUGGUGAUAAAACAAUUGAAAUGCUACCAAAGCAAAAGAAAGUCUAUAAUUUUUUUAUUGAAAGUGUACAUAUAGGAGAAUUUGUUGGAUGUCUUAUUUUUAAAUUCUAUAAAUUUAUUGAUAAAGACAAGCAAAAUAGUAUUUAUUUUGAUUAUUUUUUUUGGUAUAAAAUUGUAAUAAGUGUUGAAUUAAAUGAACCCUUAAAAAUUAUAUUUCUCGAAACAUUUGUAGGUAACGAAAUAAACAAAGAAAUUGUAUUAAAAAAUAAUAGAAAUGAGAAAGAGGAAUAUUUUCUAUUAACUUAUAUGAAUGAAUAUAUAGAAAAAAGACAAAUAGAAAUAGAAAAGAAUGAAAUAUAUGUUUAUAAUAUUAAUUACAAACCUAAAAUACCAAAUUAUUUCGAAAAUAUAAAUCCAUCAAGGAAUUCAAAUUUAUUUUCAACUGAUCAUAUCAAUAUAUCUUCACAUGAUAGUACAAGUGACUCCUCUAAAGAUUCUUCAGUUGUUUCAUUUAAUGAACAACGAAAUGAAAAUAACUUACUUAAUAGUACGAAUUAUAUUCUGAAAAAAAAAAAAAAAAGUAAAAUAAGUCAAAAUAUUGAUAUGGAUAUUGCAAAAGAACUUUAUAAUUUCUAUUAUACAUCUAAUGAAGAAGACACAUUGAACAAUAAAAGUAAUGAUAUAAAAGAAGAAAUAAAUCUAUUUGAAAAUUUACAAACAAAUCAUAAAAAAAAAAUAGAUGUAAUAAAAAAUAUAAAGACUAAGAAUGAUACACAUGACGAUGAUAUAAAUAAAAAUUAUGUUUUAAAACAAAAAUCAAAAAAUUAUUUUCAACAAAAUGAGAAAAGAAUAUUCGAAGAAUUGAUUAAUUAUUGUAAAAAAUAUAUAAAUAUAAAUAUUAAUUAUAACAAUCAAAAUAUUGGUUUCUUUUUUAUUUAUAAUAAAAAUGAAGGAAUAAAUUAUUACAUUUUAAUAUUAUUAGCAAAAUUGAGAAAUGAAUUAGCAAUAUGCAAUUUCUCCGCUUGUUUUUCUAAAUCAUGUUUAAUAAAUAUUGAUUUUGAUUUUAAUUCUGAAAACAAAAGAUUUGUCAGUCAGUUAAAUAAAAAUAAUUCUACUUAUUCAGAUAAUUUUUUUUAUAAAAUUGUAGAAACUGUAAAUAAGGAAGAUAUGGAAAAGAAUUCAUGUAAAAGUGAUUUUAUUUAUGAUCAUGAUACUAAUAAUGAUAUUAUUAGAAAAUUAAAUAAUUAUGAAGAUAACAUUGAUAAUAACUAUCCAUCAAAUAUAGAUAACGAAACAAAUACUAGUUUGGAAGUUAGAUGUAUUUAUUUAAGUAAUAAAAUUAAUUAUAGUAUUAUAGAUAAUAAAAAGAAAAAUAGGGUAAUCAUUAAAUAUAAUCCAUCAUUAAAAACAUCACAAGAAUGCUAUUUUAUAAUAAGAAAUAAUUUAUUUGGUGAUUUUAUAUAUUUAAUGAAAGGAUUUUAUGUGGUAAAGAGAAAAAUAAAAGAAAAGAUAGUUAUGAAUAAUUCUUGUUGCUUGUAUCAUUUUAAUAUAAACUUAUUUAAUCCAUUUAACUGUAACAUAUUUAUAGAAUGCAAAUUAAAAAAAAAAAAGAAAAAUGAUCGUAAAAAUAUUUUAGACAAGGAUACUUAUAACAAGAAUAACUUCUUUAAUAGUAGAUAUAUAGAUGAAGAAAAAAAAAAAAAUAAAUAUGAUCUUGCUGUAAAAAAAGAAAAAGUUUUAUUAAAUAACGAAAAUAAUUAUUUUAAAAUUUUAAGUAACGAAAACUUUAAGAUAAGAAAUAGAAAAAAUUUUUCAUUACUAAUAAAAUUUUUCUGCAAGGAUAUUCGAUCAAACAAAACUUUAAUAAUAAUAUUGCAACCGAUACAUAAAAAUAGAAAUAGUAAGAAACCAUUUUCUAUUAUUUAUGAAUAUAUUUUAUUUCUUAACAAUUUAUCAAAACACAAUACUAUUAAAGAAAUAUGUUUAUUAAAUGAUGAGAAUUUUAAUAGCUCGAACCAAAAUGAAAAACAAAAAAUGAAACAGGAUUAUUUUUCAAAUAAUGCAUUGUCAUAUGAAUCAAUUAGAUAUAUAGAAACACUCAAUUGCAAUAAAGACAAAUGUAAUAAAAUGAAUGAAAUAUAUAAGAACGAAGAAGAUUUCAUAGGAUACAACUUAAAAGAAACAGAUACACAUAUAAAUGUAGUAAAUGAAGAAUCAAAAAAGAAUGAAUGUAGUAUCAGUGAAUCUAGUUUUAAUAAUUCUAGCAUUAAUGAAUCUUUAAUUAGUAAAAAUAGUAUCAAUGCAUUUAAUAUUGAUGAAUCUAAUAAUUGUGAAUCAUUUGAAAAUAAAUUAAAAAAACAGUAUACAUAUGAGAGUGAAUUAAGUGAAGAAGAAUCAAUUUGUGACGAUGAAUUAUUCAAUGAAAAAUUAAUUUAUUAUAAAGAAAACGACAAUACUAUUGAAGAAACCUAUAAUUUUUUAAAAAAUGACAAAAUAAUGUAUCACAAUGAAAAAAAUUUUAUUGAAAGUUUGUGUAAAAAAAAAACAUAUGUAAAAAUAUAUAUAAAUAAAAGAAAAGUAAACGAAAGAGAAGAAUAUAAAAUUUUAUUAAAUGAAUUAGAAAAUUCAAAAAGUAAAAAAAAAAUUUUACAUAGAAAUAUUGAAAAAAAUAAAUGCAUUUAUAAAAUUUUUUUAAUAAAUUUAAAAAACUUAAAUAAUAAUUUAGAAAGAAAUACUAAUAUUAAAAUCAAUAAUAUAUUUUUUGAUAUAGAUGAAGAAUUACUAAAUGAUUAUUUAUAUAUUGAUAUAAUAGAAGAUACAGAAUAUGUUUUAGUAAUAAGUUUAGAAUUGAUAGCUUAUUUACCUUUCCAUUGUAAUUUUUUUAUAAUGAUUAAAAAAAUAAAACCGGAAAAUGAAGAAAAAGAAAAUAUAGAAAUAUCUAUAAAUGAAAAAAAGGAAUUUACAACUAUAGAAAAAAAUUAUAUACUUGUAGAAAUUUUUAAUUAUAUUAAUUUAUCUAGAAAAUAUCUAAAUGUUUUUAUUGAUAAUAACUUAUGCUCAGAAACAAAGUUAAAUAUUUUUUACAAGCAUACCAAUGAUUCAUAUUUUGAUACAUAUAUUAUUAAUUAUAAUCAAGCUUCCAGUAAUUUAUUAAGAGAUGAAAUAAUAAAUUAUGAGAUAAAACCCAAAUCAGGAAUAUUAAAACAUAACAAUUAUAAUAAAUUUUUAAUUAUUAGAAAUAAUAAAAACAACAUAAUAAGUUUUAAUAAUUCCUUUUUACUUUUAAUUAAAACAAAGAAAAAAAUUUACUCUUACAUAAUAUUUACUCAUUAUUCUCCUAUUAAUAAUAUUUGUACAACGUAUGAGCAAAGUAAGAUAAAAGAGAUAAUGAAUAAAAACAAGAAAACAUUUAGUGAGGUUUUUAACACAUUUAAGCAGGAUAAAAAAGAAAGCAUAAUAUUUAAUGAAAGGGAUCAAAUUAUUAUUGAAGAUAUUUCCAUGUCAACAAAGGAAAUAAAAAAUUUUUAA